UGGAGAUGUGCUGAAGGAUAAUGUGUAUUAUUGCACUUCCCAUGGAAACGGACAAUCAUUUCAGAUGUUUUUCUUUGUGUUUUAGCCUCCAGGUUCUGUUUUUCUCAGCUUUUACAAAAGGGAAGUGAGUUUUUGCAAAGGCAGACUUGUUUUCUAACUCAGUGGCUAGAAGUGUAGCGGACUAAAGUGGACCAGAGAGGGAGACAUGAACGGCACAGGUUACCUUCAGCGAGGUGAGGAGACUGAGGGAGGCUCUGUGGGGGCCUGCGUGAUUCUGGGUGUGUGCUUCUUGGUGGGCACACCUGGGAACCUGCUGGUAGUGUGGACCAUCUUGAAGCAUGUGAAGCAACGAUCAUACACAGUGCUGCUCAUCCUCCACCUAGCAGUCGCAGACCUUCUGGUGCUGAUCACUCUGCCUCUUUGGAUCUACUCGCUGGCUCAUUCCUGGGUGUUCGGAGAGGCUGCCUGCAAAGCCAUGACUUACAUUAUCAAUGCUUGUAUGUACAGCAGCGUUUUCCUCAUCACCAUCAUGAGUGUGGAGCGCUUCCUGGCUGUCAGGUAUCCCUUUGCUUCAGCUGGAUGGAGGAGAAAACAAGCACUGAAUAAGGUAUUAUUAGUGGUGUGGGUGGCUUCAUUUCUCCUGAGUAUUCCUGUUAUUGAGACUCAGACUUUGGGCGGCGAUCAAGUUCAGUGUACGUUCAGACAUUAUGAUUCUGAUACACAGGAAGUUGUGCUGCUGAUUUUAGAAAGUCUUAUAGGCUUUGUCAUCCCUUUUUCCACUCUGGUAGUCUGUUAUGGCUGCCUCUUCAGUCGCAUAGCACAGAUGAACUUCAAGUCCAAGCGAAAAUCGACAGUUCUCAUCUGCAGCCUGGUGGUGAUGUUUGCCAUCUGCUGGAUCCCACACCAUGUGGGGAACUUUCUUUCCCUCAUCGCACUCGCUCUCAAGUCCUCAUACCCUGAAGUGUCAAAAAACUUGGAGGAUGCUUGUACCACCAUGAGCAUUAUAGCAGGAGCCCUGGUGUUCAUUAGUAGCUCAGUAAAUCCAGUGCUUUAUGUGUUUGCCGCACGUACCUUCCGCAGCUCGCUCCGAGAAACUGGAAUACAAAGACUGUUCCAGCAUCUAUCCAGUGCAGCCACAGGCGAAGGGAAUAAAGAGUUAUCUUUUGUGUCUAAAAGACAUAGUUCACACACCAACACCUCACAGUGUCUAACAGAGUCAAAAUUGCCUGUAGAUGUGGUUAUGGAAUCAUUCAUCAAUACCUCAGCCUGACUCUGUAAGAACCCAUAUACACAGAAACUAUAUAACAAUCAAGAAAAAUAACCAUUAAGUGUUAACUGCUGUCUCCCGAAAUUGUGCAUAAAGCUUUAAAUAUUAUCUUGUAUUCCAGAACUGUACUCAAAAUGAAAUGACUAUAAAUAAUGUAUAUUUGUAUUAUGCAUCAGUGAAAUAUUUGUGUUUUGUGUUUAUUUGUGUAAAAAAAAAAAUGGGCAUUAGUGGAAUUUUUUUAAUGUAAAUUUGAGGUGUUUUUAAUACUCCCUGAAAAUUGAUUGAUAAUGAAAUCGCCUUUGCAUAUUCUGCAAUGAACCCCCUUUUACAGUAGUGAUAUAUUUUAAUUGCCUGUCUGUUUAGGAACAAACUAUGCUGACUUAAAAACUUUGUAUUACAUAAAACUGAUUUAAGCCAAAAGAAUCACGUUAUAGCACACUUUCAUUUGCAGUGCUUAAUGAUUUCAACAUCUCCCUUUUCUCAUAUUGCAACAUGUGUGCAUGUUUAUAACUUGUAAGCGUGUGAAAAGGGGAAGUGGGCAUUAAAAGGAACAGAGGUCAGUCUGGAGGAAGAUUUUAUCUUUUCCAUUGAGGUGUUGUUCUGUUCUGUAAUUUUUUUUCCCUCAUGAAAAUCAAACAAGUUUUUGGCCCUAUUUACUUUCUUAAUACUUGCUUCUGGUCUUAUUGUGUCGACUCAUUAGAAAAUAUUUGUCUUCAUAAUCUUUUUUCAGAACAUAACUCCACAUUUGCAGCAACUUCCUUUUUUUGGUUGACGUCACCAAUCCCUAUUAUUUUUCAACCCUUCCCUUCCAACCACCUGUCAGAAACAACUUGUCACAAUCCAAUCAAUUUGUUUUUCUCUAACGUCCUCUUUCACUCUAAAAAUGUGUCAUGUUAGAAAAGUACAAUGGGUUGCGAAAGCAGUUUCAUGUUCACUGAAUAAAAAAUAAAUUAUUUUGAAAUGAUAAUUUUGAAAAAGAGGGUUACUUCUCAACUCAUUUGUCACCUCCUCCUUGGUGUGUGUUUUUGAGCAUAUGCUAAAGAGAGAGAGAGAGCGAGAGAGUGAGUGAGUGAGUGAGUGAGUGUGAGUGAGAGGCAACAGUACACUGUGCCUGUGAGUAAGAGCUCAUGUCUAGACCUGUGGUCUCUCUCUUUUACAACACAAUUUUCAUGACUGAAAGUAUCAGCUGGCCAUUGCUCAAGCAGAAACCAGAGAGAGAGAUCAGACAUCUGCUAAGGUUGGCAGUGGGCAUGGAAAAAACGUUCAUGUAAAGUUGGCAUGCAUUGAAAAAGUGAGAGGUCUGAAGAGAAUCGGUUUCUGUCUGGUUAAAUUUACACACAUGCACUGCAUCAUGAGAACAAGACUCAAAUCCCACCACACUUGCUAAUAUAGAGAAAUGAAGAUAAUUUUGAAAAUGUUAUUUCUUUAUUUCUAAGUAACCAGUGUAUUUUUUUUUUUCAAUGACAAGGACCCCAAAUAUGAUGAUCCUCUUGCAAGUGACCCCCUAUAAAGGCAUAUAUAUAUUUUCAUAUAUAGACCAAUUUAUACUAUGUGUGAAAAAAUAGAAAAUGUGAUAUUAUGGUAACAUGUUUUACUAUAUUAAAAUACUGGCCUUUAUUUGU